UGGCCUCACCUAGUACCAUAGACCCGUCUUGGUACAAACAUCUUGGUUCGUAUUUAUAAAUGUUGCCCGUGUGGCAAAAUUGCAUCCAUUGAUUGAAAUUUUCAAAAACAAAAACAAAUCACCGGUAUCGCGGCUUCAUAAUGAGUCAUUGGAAUCAUUCAUCUCAUGUUCACCAUCUACUAAUAUUAUUUUUAGAAAAGCAUUUAUAUUUCAUUGUAUCUAUCAUCUAUGGCCGGAGCAUCCUCUAAUCAGCGGGAAAAUGUUCCCGAUGGUUACUUUUAUCAGCUACAAACGCUUGUGUACUGCAUUCAUCAACUACGGCAGAACAACAACCGUAUCGAAACAUACGAUAUCGGAAAUGCUAUUCGGGAGUUCGGGGCGCUGGACGAUGUUGUAUUUCAUGUCACACCCGCUGGCGGGAACAAAAUGACCUAUGCCUUGCAGGUCAAGCAGGCAAAAACGGACAAAUCAAUUGACAAUCACGGCCUAUGGGAUGGUCCUAAAAGCAGGUUCUAUGUGUUCAAGUAUUUCAGAUCUUUUCUUGAAAUUAAACAGAAGAUUUCACUAGAGCAACUACAGGAGCUGAUCAUCUGGACGCAUAUGGAUUUUGCCAGUGAUGCGCGGGCAUUAUGCGAAGAAUAUGAUCCUGAUGUUGGAUUUGAUGUUCUUGGUUCGGAAGAUCGAGAUUUUCUAUACGAUCGUUAUAGGAUAGUGCAGUACCAGGAUUACGCACAAUUGUUCUUGAAAAUGGCGCAUCCUCUGGCAGUUAUCGCCGAGAAAUUUGUCGAUGUGAUGUUCAAGAAACAACUGUGGGACACGAAGCGUGCUGCGAAAGAUUACUUUCGGGUGAUGGCAACAGAAGUUAUAAAUAACGAAGGAAACGAAGUUGAAAAUUAUGAAGGAGAAGAAGUCGUAAAUAAUAUAGCGAAAUUUCGCGAGGAGUUUAUCGCUGGAGAUGAAUGCCUACUUGAGGGAACCCUUCUAUUCAGGGAACUUUUCGAACGAGCCAUGAUGAAAAAAUUCUCCGAGAAGAAUUUAGGCCAGUUUCGCAUGGAAGAUUUGAAUUGCGAGUUCUAUAGGAACUAUUUCGAGCUGAUUGUUGAUCAGAAGUUCAAGAAAGGCAAAGGAGCAACGUGGAAAAUAGACGGAUACGAACCAGUGCAGCAGGAUCUGGAGGAUUUUUUCAAUCGCUUUGUCUUCUACGUAAAUGUUCCCAAACUGCAGGAUAUGAAGAAAUUCCUGUCGAAAAGCUUUUGUGUCGAUUAUGAUGAGCUUUGUACAUUGGUAGAGAAAUGUACUUUUGGAACUAUGAUAGGAAGAGAUCGAAUAAACCAUCUUUUUACAUUGCUUUGCUUGCGGAACACGAUGGAUCAUACCGUAAAUUCAAAGCUGAAAUUUCAAUCCGGAGGCAUUCAAAAGCUGAAGGAACAAAUAGAGGUUGUGAAGAAAUAUUUGUAUGUAAAAACUGUUCAAGACCUAGAAAUCAGUGUUCACAGGGUCCUGUCGUUAGUAGAGGCUGAGCUGCAGCCACAUGGAAAGCGGUAUCUAGCUUUCAGGCAAGACAAUUUCAUUAGGAAUUCUGACCAAAUCCAGACAAUUUUAAAUAUCGCAGAGCUUGCAAAGAAUGGUCUUGAAUUCAUUAUCGUUAGUUUUGUGAGCAGCGAUGUUGCAAAUCGAAUCAUGAUGGAAUUCGAAAACACCGAGGUAAAAAUAAUAUUCCUUGGAAGUACACCAAUAGGGGAAAUGCCAUUUAAUUGUCUCUAUUUCGAGGAUGAAUUCGAUGUUGAUCUGCUCUCCCCAAGUAACAAGAAAGUUAUUAAGAACACAAAAAUUCACCUGUUUGGAUCACUUACAAAAGCAGAUGAUAUUUUUUCCGAUCAACUCUUCAAAAAGGAGAAUUCUGAAUUAGCGUUAGCGCUUUAUCGAAGUCAGAAGAAUGUAUACAUUGGAGCGGAUGAUCUUGAGUUGGAUCCACAUUUUGUUACUAGAGAUUUGAAACAGAAUGGAAAUGUAAUCGUUGAUUUCGAGAAAUGUUCAAUAUCAUCGCCAAUUGUUAUUUCCGAUCAAUCCGGGAUGGGCAAAAGUAUUGAACUGGUCAAUAUUGCGGUAACGCUGAGAAAAAAUAAUCCAGAUUAUUUGGUGGCAUUUAUGGAUUGCAAAGCAGCUGUAACGCAUUUCGAAGGCGAUGUUAUCGAUAUGAUGUUCCGUAUUCUGGAAGCAGAUGAUGCUUUAGAGCAGCUGAUAGUGAAGAAAAUGUUUUUCGCGAGAAAAGUCGUCCUGCUGAUGGAUAGUUUCGACGAGGUUAGCAACAUGAGCAGUGAAGCCCUGGAGCAGCUUAUCGAAGCUAUUUCGAGAACCAACAUAAACAAAUUAUUCAUAGCAACUAAACCGCAUUGUGAAGAUGUCAUCAAAAACAUUUUUCCUCACUCCCUAGUGUGUAAACUGGAUCCAUUUAGUCCAUCCAACCAGUUCGACUAUUUGAAAAGCUUCUGGUGCAUAGACAGUAUUGAAGACGAGGCAACACGCUUGCGAGUUGAACAGAAUACGAAAUGUAUUAUUGAUAAAUUUAGAAAUAUUCUUCGAGAUAAUACACUUCUGGGGAUUCCUCUGCAAACGAACAUGAUUGCCGUUAUCUAUCAGAAUGAUAUUCGUUCCGAAGAUUUUGAGCUACCCCAGUCGUACCAAAUUGGUAGUGUUGUUAUGCGAUUUGUGGACUCGAAGUUGGAUAGCAUAUCGAAACAUUUCAGUAUCACUAACAGGGCACACGAACUGAUUAUGAGAACUGCGCGCACUCCCAUCAUGAAUGAACACAUCAAAUUGGCAUUUCUUAUUCACGACCAACUCGUAGAGAGACAAAGGCAAAAGCAUAUGAAAUGUGAAGUGUCCCGAACACAACAACAACAAGAUAUUCAGAAGCUGUGUGAUGAGCUGCAGGUGUAUGGAUUAGUGCGUUUGAAGCCCUCGAUUGGGUUUAUACAUCAAACAUAUCUCAACUUUUUUCUGGCAUUGUUCUAUCUAACUUAUUCCUCAGAGGAACGAACAUUCCGGGCAUUCAUGGAUCAACAUCUGUGCACAUCACGUGUUUGUCUUACUUCGAGAUUUUUGGAUUUCCAUAUAGACCAUAUUGAAGCGACAACGGCUCUUCAAUCCAUCGACUGUGAGAAUGAAACCUCAGAGGAACGUGACCAAUUCAUACCUCAUCCUACCACCCGACUUCAUCCGGAUAAGAUGCAACAAUUACACAACUAUCUACGCUUUCACUGCACCGAAAAAGUCGUAUAUACGUUGAUUCGCAAUAGCUUCAACGCUUCCGUGUUCAACGUUUUCGAGGUGCUCUACGAUAGUCUUCCAUCCUCUAUCAAGGGAAAGCUAAAAUUCCGAUUCGGAAGUCAACCGGUAAUCGAUCAUGCAAUCAAUCUUAAAUUACUCGGCGAGUAUCAGAUUGUGCAAUUGUUGGCAAUUCUGCAGAAGAAAAACCCCACCGAUUUCGUGCGUAAAUAUUUGACCGACUUUGCUGAGGAUGAAGAUUUUAUUGCCAUGGCGUGUCGCAAACCGUUCCCGAAAGUUUUCAACUGGCUUAUCGGGUUGUCAGCGGAAUUCAGCGCGGAAGAAAGAGCGGCUCUUGAAGGCUAUAUCACAAGGCGUUUGGCGGGGUAUGUGGAGUUGAUUGUUCGGCACAAUAACAGUCAGAUUUUGCAGCAGGUAAUCAAAUGGGCGAAAGACACGUAUUGUAAGGCAUCGGUUGGAUGCUUCCUCGAAUACAACGAAGUCUUGCGCGUGUUCGCGAGCAGCGUCGGUGAGGAAGGAAUCACCAAAAAGUUGCUAAUUGACAAGAGAGUUGACAUGGUACAAAUCAUGUUCGAUUUGUUCACGUGGACAUUUGAAUCUCAAUUUGCACUUGACAACCACUGCCUUGAAUUGAUGAGAAGUAUUCAAAUAGGAGAAAUUAAACGAAAAAUUGAUGAAACAUUUUUCAAGAAGUUUUCCGUAGUUUACUAAUUAUUAUUAUUUGUUUUGAUUUAUAAAUUUUAUAUAUGUAAAUAUAUAUGCAUUUGCUUUAUUUUAUAAAUAUAUUUAACACAUAUAUGUUUUCUUUUCGGUUUUAAUUACUUGAAUACAUACAUGAUAUCAUAAUAUCUACUCUCUGUUUUGUAUUCAUUCUGUAAUAUAGAAUUAUCUUUUUCGUGGUUCGGAAUAUUCAGCUGUACGGCACCCGCCAUGUUUUUGGUGCCAUCAUCUCAAACGUCAAAAGUAUUUAUUUUCUUCAAAACAGCGAUCAGCGUUGACGGCAUUCAGCUUCGCUCACUAGUUUAGGGGAGCGUAAUAGCCCCCGCAGACUGCAGACUUUUUUUAUGAAUGAAAAUAAGCUUUUCUAUAUCAUAUUAGUAUUCUAUUUAAAUUAAAAUCAUUUUUGUUUGCAGGUGGUAAGAGACGAAUGAACUCUCAGAGUUUAAAGUCUCUCUAAUUCAAUACCUUCCUUCCUUCCUUGCAGGUGGUGAAAAAAGUCUCAUGAGAAAAUUGUUUAUGAAGACAACUUUAUAUUAUAACGAAAAAAUUCAGCAACAAUGUUGGAAUUGUAUAGCCAUAUGAUUGAAUGAAAGUCAGAAAUACAUGUUUAACGUAAUUAAAUAACAUGAUGUAAAAAUUUUCAAUCAAAUUUAAAAAUUUAAAAACCGGCUUCGUGUCUUCUAAUCUGAUAGAGAUUACACUAACGAGUUUGGGACCCAAAUUAUGGCCCUAAUUUGAAGUCGCCACCAGACGUCGACGUUAUGCCACUGUCAUCGCGAAUUAUCAAUUUACCGUGAUAGCUAUUAUAUUAUAAGUCUUCGAGAAAAAUACAUCGCUCAGACACUUAUGAACUAAUUCUUAAUCUAAACGUAUUUUUUUAGAUGUUAAAGUAAAAUUUUUCGAAAACUUCAUUAAAUAAACGGCAACAUGUAUCCAGUGGGUUGUUCUGUCCGUAUUGAGUACGAUGAGUUUUGUUCUGGGAGAAACUCAACAUGUCGAGUCGGUCUCAAUGGUGCGUGAAAAUGAAUUUUUGCUAGUAGUUCAACAUAGUCGAUGUUGUAGGAAACGAUAUCGAAAAUUAACAGCCGCUGUAGAAUUAUUCUCCUAUUUUCUAGGCAGGCAAGUGUAGAGGAUCCAACCACGGUAGCCGGCGAAGAGCGUAGCGGAUGAAGCACUUUUGCACGCUUUCAAUACUCCGGAUGUGAACAUUAUGAAAUGGUGCCCAUACUGGAGCGGCAUACUCUAGUACAUUGCGAACAAUAGAACAGUACAAGGUUUUCAGGCAGUACACAUUUUCGAAUGAUAGAGUGAUCCUACGUAUGACACCCGACAUCUGGCGGUGGUUAAUACUACGUGUUCAGCGAAUUUUAGAUUGUGAUCCAAAUAUACACCGAGAUCUUUUAUUACGGUGACUCGUUCAAAGUUCGAGGAUGACAUUUUGUAGCCGAAAAUAAUUGGUGAACGUGACCUAGCGAAUGUUUUAGCAUUGCACUUCCGUACAUUUACUUCCAUGCCAUUUACAUCACACCAUUUGGUAAGCACAUCAAUAUCCGACUGAUGUCGAUGAUGAACUUUUACAGCAGACGGAUAGUGAGAUAGGCGGUGACGGUAGGUACAGUGAGAUAGCGAGAAUCGUGCCAUACACCUGGAGAUAUUAUAAUACUUGUACUCUGACAGAUGUCAAACUUGGAUGCAUUGAUUGAUUUUUUUUCUAUUAUACCAUGAAUGCUUUUGUUCGUGAUCGGAAUAAAUCGCACCAGAAAGCGAGUGCAACAGGAACGACCGUUCAGAAAAAGUGUAGUAGUCUAGAAAUAUUGUGGCGGGGGAAAACAUGAUGGUUCUAAAUGCCUCACAGAUUUUCUAUUAUAAACUAGCUGUACCCUGUCACGCUUUGCUGUGUCACAUUGUGGUUGCAUGGUUGAGUUGAAUUUUUCAUUUUUUUAUGUUGUAACAACAAUCCGAGAUGUGUUUGGUUGUUUUGUAUAUUGUAUCAUAGUUUGACCUCAAUCAGUACUUUUCGAGCUUUUAACGCGCACACAAACGAACAGAAAACUUUUAUAUGUAUAGAGAUAGAUGACGGAAAUCGAUAAAUUUUAAAUCACUUCGAAACACAGUUUCAGUUCAUGAUUUUGUCAAACACGUGGAAAAAAGAUGUUUCACUCACAUAGAACACAUAUUCAUUACUGAAUAGUCGAUUUUCAUUAGAAGCUCAAUUUCAGAAACGCACUCUGGUCAUAUAUAAAAUCAUCUUUUUUCCAAUUUUCCAAUUUUUUAUGCCGUAACAACACUCCUUGAAGUGGAUUGUAUAUUGUGUACAACUUUGAGCUCAAUCGGUUCCGUACUUUUCGAGUUUUUGACGCGUACACAAACGAACAGAACAUUUUUAUAUAUAUAGAGAUUAAUAUUUCGUUUUCGUUUUUCGAAAUUUAUUUUGAGAUGAAUGUAAUUGGGGCGAAAUCCCAAUUUAACAAGAAUUAGAAUCGAGGCCCAAACCGCCAAGAUGCGCGAUUCGAGUCCACCGCCGACUCGCCGUCGGAAGCGGCGGUGUCUAACACCCAAACCUGUGUUCCACUGAUUGCCCGGUUAGUUUGAAACAUAGGAUACGAUCCUUUUGCAAUGUCCGACCGAGCUUUAACGAGUGUCGGACGGCAUACGUUUGCCUGAUACGCUAAGUGAUAAAUCUAGUGCUUCCAUAUGAUAGCUUCCAGAUUUGGAAGAAUUUUCCAAUAAACAGAACCCUCACAUCAUUCUAAGUGUAACUUUAAAUAACACUUUAGAGGUAAAAAAAUAGUGACAGUUUUUGAGAUUUUUUUUAUCUUCCUCUAAUAAACCUUAUUAACUUUAUAGUUUUUGCAGAAUUUGGCACUAUAAGUUAAUCAGAAACUUUUAUCUGUCCGGCACUUCCUGAUGUCAUAGGAAGAUACGUAUCUAAGUGCUCGUGCUCUUGAAUUCUGGCCAAGGAACUGUCGGGCAAUCCGAAGGCCGAAUUUUGGAUGAAGAUGAUCUUCAUCUUCAUUUUUCCGUUUUUAAACACCUAUAGCGCUUCCAGUAGGGUUUCGCGAUAAUUUAAAUUUUUGGCUUUAACAAAACCUUGAGUUCCACGGCCGUUACUCACUGGUUAUGCGAUCGUGGGUCUGUUCCGGAUUUUGGAUCAGUAGAAUAGUGACAUUUUUUGUAUGAAUAUAUCUUGGCUCCGUCUUAAUGUCGGAGUAGCAAUAUUGUUGGUUUGUCUGUUUUAGGGUUUCACGCAACUAGUAAGCUAAGUGGUGCGGACUCAGUCCACUUCAUUUUCAAGCAAAUUCAUGCAUGUUUUCAAGCGAUUUCUUGCAAUAAAUUUUCAGACCACCAGAGAUGCCAGAUUUACAAAUAUGUUUGUAAAUUUACAGACAUAUCUGUAAAAAACUUAUUUUUGUCGUAGACUUUUUGGAUAUAACAAUAUUUUACAGGUUUUUGGAAAAUAAGAGGCUCUAUUCAUCACAUCAAAGAUAUUUGACUCACCAUAUGACAUUUUUCCAUAGUUUUAAUACAGAAAAGUUAUUAUAUUUAGUUUAUAUCAAUACACAUGACGUUAGACCAGCGAUACUCAACCUGUGGCCCAGCAGUCUUUCUGGUUGGCCAAUCUGGUGUGUAUGAAGUUUGGAACUCAUACACAUAAGUACUUUUGCCCUGACAUCAUUGCAGACGAAAGAGAGUUAUUCACAAUUAAUGAAAAAUUGCAUUCUCUGCAGGUAAGGAAAAAUCUUGAACGAAAAUUGUCUCUGAUAAUUAUUUUCUGUUCUAGAUAAGAUUGUUUUGCUGAAAUGCAAGUAGAUUUAUUGAUAAAUAGUUAAGUUAGUGUCAGGACUAUGUCUUCUGAGUAUUUAAACAACAUCGAAUAAAAAUUUUCAUUCUUUUUUCAACAACUUACAUUCGCUUUCGGGUCUGCUUAUGACAAAAUAUGGGUUACUGUUCGAUAUUGUUACCACAGACAUGGUUCAUGACCGUGGGGUUAUCUAAAACUUGUAUAGCCUUGCAUGGCGGAUGGAAAAUAUACACUGCAUUUUCUUAUAAAUUUCAUCAACAACAAGACCGCAAGCCUUGGUGGAUGUCCAAUAUAUCAAUGAAGAAAUACUGAUUUUUAUAAAAAUUAAUAGCGCGUAUGUAUGUGUGUGUAUGUAUGUGUAGAUCGUUGAAACAUUUAAACACACUUACAACACAUAAGUUAUUAAGUGGUCCGAAAAAUCAAAUUUUUCCACAUUUUCCCAAAAAUGACAAAUGAAACUUUUGAAUCACUGAACCGAUUUAGAUGAUCGACAUAUAAAAUUGAAACUAAUGACAUAGCCUUUUAUUGGAAAAUAUUUAACUUGCGAAAAAAAUAGUUAUAUUUUAGUAAUUAUUGAUUGUAGUCGUUUUUUAUUUUUUUAUGACUCUGGACUAGAGGGCGCUAUAUUUUUUUAUAUUUUUUCUUGAAAGGUGAGGAUUUUUUACAUAACAUAUCUCGAUAUCAGAUAUGCUAUUUUUUCGUUUUUUUAGAUAUGAUUUUUCAAAGUUACCCGAUGGUUCGGAAAAUCAUUUUUCCCCCUUUGUCCAAAAAUAACUUUCUGCAAAAAAUCAUAACAUCUGAACUACUCAACCGAUUUAGAUGAUCGAUAUAUUAAAUUGAAGAAAAUUUGAAAAAUAUCACAAUUGCGGGAACAUUGGGUUCUAGUAGCAUAGGUCUAGUUUAGUCACACAUGAAUAUUGAUCGAAGACUUAAAACAUGUUAAAUUUCCAAAAUUAUAACUUAAAAGCGAUAAUUAUAGCAUCUCUGAUAUCGAGAUAUGUUAGGUAAAUAAUCCUCAGCUUUCCAUAAAAAAUAUAAAAAAAUAUAGCGCUCCUAUCUUUAACCGAGAAAACUAUGAAAAACUAACUCAAUCAAUAAUUACAAAAACAAAAAUUCAAUUUUUCUCAAAAGUAAUAUUUUUUCAAAGAAAAAUAACUCGUAAGCUUCAAUUUGAUAUGCCGAUGAUAUGAAUCGGUCCAAUAGUUCAAAAGUUAUGACUUUUUGUAGUGGGAAAAAUGGGGAAAAAUUGUUUUUCGAACCAUCGAUUAGUUCUGAAAAAUCAUAUUUCAUAAACGAAAAAAUAGCAUCUCUGAUAUCGAGAUAUUUUAUGUAAAAAACUCUCAGCUUUCAAGUCCAAAGCCAUGCAAACAUUAAAAAAACGACUGCAAUCAAUAAUUACGAAAAUAGGAUCCAUAUUAUCUGCAAGUUCAAUAUUUCUCAAUUAAAGCUCAUUGGCUUCAAUUUGAUAUGUCGAUCAUCUAAAUCGGUUAAAAAUUAUAAAUUUUUGAAAAAAGUCAUUCUGGGAAAAGUGGAAAAAAUAAUUUUUUGGAUCACCCUAAAACGGAAAUGGGCACCCGAAUGAAAAAAUAAAAAAAAUACGAGUUUAAUGUUUUGCGAUAAAGAACAAAAUUACCACUUUUGACGAAGAUCUGAGAACCACUAUAUUGGUUUGGCAUGGAAUGGCUGUAUAUAAGUUAAGGACCCUAUUCGGGCUUUCGGAAGAAUGAUGUAAACUCUAAGACAUCUGACUUAAGACUGGUUUAUUAUUAUUCUUUAACCAAGCGAGAAACGUUUCUAUGUCACGCUGCACUUAUCCUUAUCGCAGUCUCCUGUGUAUCGCUUCAUCGCUGGUGGUAAAAACUCGUUCUCCUAUCGCAUUUCCUAUUCUCGUCGUAGCUUAUCUCUUCCAUGUGGCUGAGGUCUGUGUUUAUGUUUGUUUUGGUUGUUUGCUCAAUUGUUUCAGUUUCUGAGCUUGGUUUUGUUCUGUUGGUUGAAGCGCGUUUAGUGCUUCUUCCAAUGUCCGUUGCUGCUCUUUGAGGCGGGUCAGUUGAGCUGACAUAACUUAUAUAUAUAUACAAAAUACAAUCUUACGUGCAUCGCGAUGUACAAAGUAUUAAUGAAUAUGUGAAAAUUAACGUUAAAAGACAUUUCUAUAGAUCUGCACACUUUUACAGACUUUUCCACAUUUUUAACAGACAUUCACAUGUUUUUACAGACUUUUUUUAAAAAUCAUCUGGCAUCUCUUCCUUCCACUUUUUAUCGAAUAUUUUCAAAUCGCAGGAGUAAACAUUUACGUGACUUUGACUUCGUUUGCUUUUAUUUCGUUCGGAAAAAUGUUAUGUCAAAGAGAAGGGACAUUAAAAAUGCGUUGCUCAGUGAAAGGCUGAGAUGCUCUUCCAGAGAUGCAAUGGUUAAUUAAAUAAUUGACGGAAAAAUGUAGUUCGUUCAUUUUAUAAUUUUAAUUAUUUUUGCCCUUGACAACAAUACCUCUUUUAUGGUGUUGAUUAUCAUAAGAAAAAUAACACUCCUGAUCGUUGGAUCUCUUUUGACAUUUCAAUUGGAUCUUUUUUGACAGCCGUUUUGAUUCAGUCCGCACUACCUAGCUAGUAAGUAUAAAUCGAUUUUUCUUCAUGGGAAUCAUAUGUAAACAAGACGAGUUUGAAUUUGUUGAAAAGCCUCAAGUCUCUAGUUAAUACCAUAAUGUGCGAUUCACAUAGAACGUUACGGAAAAGAACGUUCACGUUCUGUCAACGUCUUCACCAAUUCAUACAUGCAGUCAAUGCUCACACCAGCACCGUCACGUCAAAUGUCAAAUGAAUGAUUUAUUAAAUGUUAUUCAUGGUGUCGCCACCUACAACAGUUUUAACUUGCAAUGACCUCUUUCGAAUCAGCAUACCUAGAAUCAGUUCUAAAUAUGGAGAAAAUGAAUGAAAAUCAUUGAAUUAUGUUAUUUGAAUGCUUAAACCCCGUAGUCCUGACCCUUAUCCAACAAUAAUAAUAUAUAGACUAUUUUUCUCGGCUAGUCGCGAAUGAUUUUGACUCCGAAGUUUGGAAUCAAGAGAUAUGUUGGCAUAAAAAAUACAACCGAAAAAAAGCCGAGACACAAAGCCCAGACAAAAACCAAACGAGCCGUCCGUCUCCGUCAAUUAUUCUUUUCUACAAAUCCUGCCGGUCGUUUUCGUUGAACGUAUGCUGACGGGUCGUUACGUUGCCGGUGUAUGUGAAUGUUUCCAUAAGAAAUGCAUGGUAGAAUAACUGACGUAACGUGACGUGACGGAACGUGGACGUGACGGAACGUGGACGUGACGUGGAUGUUGUAUGUGAAUCGCAUUUAAGGCGUUCAAACGAGGCGUUAACGAUUUCCUUCAAAGAGAAAUUAUGAUCAUGAUUUGUCCAUCUUUGAUCAUGGUUUGUCCGGUUUUAGGAAUCACCAUGAAAACCAUGAAAAUAUUCAAUUCCCAACACUUUUGCUUUAACCCUUUUCCGGGUAGUGGCAACUAUAUUGUCACCAACCAUUUUAUUUUUUUCUCUUCUUUAACAAUAAAUUAUCACUUCUAGCCUUAUGUAAUAACUAGUUCUAGAUAAGCAACACACCUGGUUUUUAUGAGCGCGAAAAAUUAAAAAAACUAUUCAUUUUGAAGCCAUUUUCGUGUUAACAACUACCAAUUUAGAGCGGCAAGGCAAAUUUUCCGAAAAGUCAUGGAAGCACAGUCAAUUUGUUGUAGUUUUCAAUACAUAUGAACUGUUUAGGACCAGCUGAGUCUGAUCAUGAGUUUUAUUAGUUUUUUUUGUAGAAACUAACAUCAAAUCAAAAAUGCAAAUAUGAAAAAAACAUGUUUACCAUCAAGUGUAUGCCGCUAGACGGGCAGUGGCAACUAUAUUGCCAUCAUUUUUUUCAAUGUUUUUAAAUGUUUUGCGUAUUGAAAAAAACUGUUUUUGUGUAUUUUAGCAUGUAAAAAUGUCGAUGUUGUAGGUAUUGUAGUUUGCGUUGAUUACAUGCCUACUGCUCACGGCCCGUUAAGGUGAAGGUGGAAGGAAGCCACAAAUGGCUGCCACAAUGGCGCUCAUUUCUUUCAUCUCCCUCGCUCACUCCUCGCCCGAAAAUCAAUGAUCUUGCGAAACAGUGUGAAGAAAAUAGUCGUUUUCGCACACUUCCCAUCAAGUAAUAUCAACCAGACACUAAUCGAUUACUCACAAGAUAUUAAAUUUUCAUCUGCCGUCGCACUGUAUAGUGAAAACGUCGUAAAACUCGGGCUACUGCUCUGAAAGUUAAAUUUUAAUUUUUCAAUUUUCUGCAAUGGUUUUGUUUGUAUUGGUGAAAGCAUCGUUAUUUUUUCGACACUGAUGCCAGACAAUAUAAUCGAAACAGCUAUAAAAACCCCUUAAUGAAAUGUUAUUCCUGAGUCAUAGCGUUUCAUGUCAUGAAAAUCAAUAAAAUAAAAUUGUGUUGAUAUCAAUAUAAUUAUUAUUUUUACGUUUAAUGGGUCUAUAAUGUAAGUUUUAGCAACUUUAACAUUGGUUAAGAAAAUUAUAUUGCAGAGCUAGGAACACUGCGACGGCUGCCUAUGCUUUCAGAAAAAGUCGACGUCAAAAGUCAAAAAAUGGGUCUUAACGUGUUCAUAACAGCCCCAAUUCACAUGUGUUAUAAAUUUGCUCAUGUUACGCACUAUUACCUCAUUUUUACACGUGGUUUUACCUUCACUACUACAAUGGCUUCCUUCCACCUUUACCUUAAAGGGUUGAAUUCCGGACACAUUUGGGCAUUUCUUCGAGAGAUAUUAUUGAUUUUGUAGAGCUUAUUAUUUUAUUAUUCUUGUUGUUCUAUUAUAACCUUAAACCAAUCCAAACGUAUUUGCAGAGCAGCACUUCGCCGUAUUUAAAGAUGGUGAAAAUGGAUUGGCGAAUGGUUUGAGUCGAAAUAAAAAAAGUUUUAUUGGAAAGGAAUCUUAGAAUCAAAAAGAUAUGUGUUCAAUUGAUUGUUCCAAACCCGGUUGGACAUCAAUAAGCCAAUUCUCAGGUGUCAUUCGAUUUCAGUGCCUCUAUUUCGUCCAUCAUUGCAAUGUGCCACUUUUCCUUAUUUCUCCUAUCGCAGCCAUUGAAAAAUGAUAUCUCAUAAACGAAAAAAAUAACCACUUUUGACAAAAAUCUGAGAACCACUAUAUCAGUUUGGCAUGAAAUGGCUGAUCGUUUACCUCUUCAAAUGUUUUCGGCUCGCACACACAACAUUGAACCUGUAAGGGGGAUCCUGCUCGGGUCUUCAAAAUCUCCGACUUUCGCGCCAGAGGACCACGGCCCUCUGUCGGGAUUCAAAGUUAUGGUUGCCCGGACUAGCGUUUUCGCUUGGCCACGCGACAGUAUCCACCUUCAAUUGACUUUUCAACCAACUUACAACCGAUCCGAAAUUUUCGAUUUCGGAAACAACCAAAUCGACCAAAUCAGUUAGAUUAACUCACCAAAAAUUAAGUGAAAUUAAAAAAAAAAAAAAAACUAAUCCAGAAACUUUCCUUCUUUCAAUCGUCUAUUUUUUCCAAAUUAACCCUAACUCCUAACGAUGACGUCGCUCUUAGCCCUACUCUAUGUGUAUAUCCUAUCUCUAUAAUGGUUUUCCCUACUUGGAAGGGGUUUGUGUGCGCACACUUUUGUUUCAGGGUACUCACGAAUCGAACGAUGACGUUGCAGCACCGGUGAUGGAACGAUGGAGCAGCGUGAUGUUUGCUGAUGCGCUCGCACAGUGUUCCGCUCACCGACGUGAGUUUUCGGGAAUCUCGCUGGCGUUGGCAGUCUUUUCCCUUGACUGAGGCAAAAACCACGGUGGAGUGUUGCCGCUUGUAGCGUACGGCAGCCGUGGGACCGAGCUUCCUCACCGAUGACCAACGCACUCCAGAAUGGCCUAUAGUAGUACGCAACUACGAGGCGAUAGGCCACUCCGGGGGAUUCUACCGACGCACCGAUUCACAAUGAUAAAUUGAAUAUACUCCGGACGCGGAGCCACAAGGCUACAUAAAUUAAUGGUGUCAUUAAUGCCCUGUCUACUACCGAAAAUACAUAUUUUAUUUUUAGUUUUAAAUUUACCUCCGUUCCCUUGGUGCGCAAAAACUGCUGCAACCGUAUUUCUUGUAGAAUUGUUCUACAAUAAUCCUAUUCACAAAUAAAAUUAAAAUUACACAAAAAACUUAUUGUCUAAUUCUAUAAAUGACUCACUUCUAUUGUUUUUUUUAAUUCCACACAAACUCACGAUUUUUAUUAAAAAAAAACUCCGAAAAUUUCUGGAAUAGGAAUUUCUAAUUAAAUCACAAAACUUUACUUGACUAAAUAUUAUCUCACCAAAACAACUAUUGAAAUUUAACACUCCAAGAAUCAACUGAUUCGCCCGGCUAGCUCAGUCGGUAGAGCAUGAGACUCUUAAUCUCAGGGUCGUGGGUUCGAGCCCCACGUUGGGCGCCAAUGUAAGGGGGAUCCUGCUCGGGUCUUCAAAAUCUCCGACUUUCGCGCCAGAGGACCACGGCCCUCUGUCGGGAUUCAAAGUUAUGGUUGCCCGGACUAGCGUUUUCGCUUGGCCACGCGACAGUAUCCACCUUCAAUUGACUUUUCAACCAACUUACAACCGAUCCGAAAUUUUCGAUUUCGGAAACAACCAAAUCGACCAAAUCAGUUAGAUUAACUCACCAAAAAUUAAGUGAAAUUAAAAAAAAAAAAAAAAAACUAAUCCAGAAACUUUCCUUCUUUCAAUCGUCUAUUUUUUCCAAAUUAACCCUAACUCCUAACGAUGACGUCGCUCUUAGCCCUACUCUAUGUGUAUAUCCUAUCUCUAUAAUGGUUUUCCCUACUUGGAAGGGGUUUGUGUGCGCACACUUUUGUUUCAGGGUACUCACGAAUCGAACGAUGACGUUGCAGCACCGGUGAUGGAACGAUGGAGCAGCGUGAUGUUUGCUGAUGCGCUCGCACAGUGUUCCGCUCACCGACGUGAGUUUUCGGGAAUCUCGCUGGCGUUGGCAGUCUUUUCCCUUGACUGAGGCAAAAACCACGGUGGAGUGUUGCCGCUUGUAGCGUACGGCAGCCGUGGGACCGAGCUUCCUCACCGAUGACCAACGCACUCCAGAAUGGCCUAUAGUAGUACGCAACUACGAGGCGAUAGGCCACUCCGGGGGAUUCUACCGACGCACCGAUUCACAAUGAUAAAUUGAAUAUACUCCGGACGCGGAGCCACAAGGCUACAUAAAUUAAUGGUGUCAUUAAUGCCCUGUCUACUACCGAAAAUACAUAUUUUAUUUUUAGUUUUAAAUUUACCUCCGUUCCCUUGGUGCGCAAAAACUGCUGCAACCGUAUUUCUUGUAGAAUUGUUCUACAAUAAUCCUAUUCACAAAUAAAAUUAAA